GGCUGGUGCUCAGCCGCAGGAAAGCAGAGGCGCCUCCGCAGCCGCCAUUAAACAAUAGCCGGGGAAGGCGAGGCGCCUGGAUCGCGCUCGCUCGCUCGCUCGCUCUGCAAGGCCUGAGGCCACGGGGGUGGGCUCCGGCGGAGAAGCGGCGGCAGCGGCGGAGGCAGCAGCAGCAGCAGCAGCAGCAGCAGCAGCAGCAGCAGCGGGCUCUUCCUUCCUGCCCAGGCGCAGCCAGGCGGCCUCCCGGGCGCUUCGAUUCCCCCCGGCUGCUUGCCGAAGCGCAGGGAAGAGAAGGAGGAGCCGCCACAAAGCAGCACCCGCCGCCGCCGCCGCCUGCCUUGCAAAGAGCCGCAGGCCAAGGGGCUGCAGUCCGUCGCACCUCUCGCGCGCUCGCUCGCUCCCUCCGCCGCGCCCCCGCGCCCGGGCCUCCUUUGCAGGGGAGCUGUUUGCGCUCGCAGCCAGGGCCGCGCGGAUCGGGGCCUGACAUGAUGUUUCCGCAAAGCCGGCAUUCGGGUUCUUCGCACCUCCCCCAGCAGUUGAAGUUCACAACGUCAGAUUCUUGCGACCGGAUUAAAGAUGAAUUCCAGCUGCUCCAGGCCCAGUACCACAGCCUGAAGUUGGAAUGCGAUAAACUUGCAAGUGAGAAGUCAGAGAUGCAACGCCAUUACGUGAUGUACUAUGAGAUGUCCUAUGGGCUCAAUAUUGAAAUGCACAAACAGGCUGAAAUUGUCAAGCGGUUAAACGGGAUUUGUGCUCAAGUGUUGCCGUAUCUUUCCCAAGAGCACCAGCAACAGGUUCUUGGAGCCAUCGAGCGAGCCAAGCAAGUGACUGCACCGGAGCUGAACUCGAUCAUCCGGGUCCGUGGCGCUCCUUACGGGAACUGGGCGCAGCAGCUCCAAGCUCACCAGCUGUCCCAGCUCCAAGCUCUUGCCCUGCCCUUGACCCCGCUACCGGUGGGCUUGCAGCCUCCCUCCCUCCCCGCUGUCAGCGCCAGCACCGGGCUCCUCUCUCUCUCCGCCCUCGGCUCGCAAGCUCACCUCUCCAAGGAAGACAAGAACGGCCACGAUGGUGAUGCCCACCAAGAUGACGAUGGGGAGAAGUCGGAUUAGGCCUGGGUUUGGCCAGGGGGGGGUAAUCCGGGAUGUGGGGGGGGGUUACAGAAUGGCGGGAAGGGUCGGUAAAAGUUGCAGUAUCCACUUUAGCUAGCGUUUGGUGGAACUGUAAGGUGUUUGGCAGGGGACGGAGAGUGAGCCUGCCCCACGACCCACAUUGUUGGGGUGUGGGCGACUUGGACCCACCCACCUCUGCACCAAUAACAUUUUCACGCCCCCCCCUUUUUUUGAAUUCCAGCCAGUUUAGCAUGCGGCUGUUGCAGCAGUGGGGAUCUCCAAAGGCACAAUUGGCAGUUGCAUCGCAAGGAAAUUGUGCGUGACCGGGCGGGGGGAGGGAGGAAAGGGCUUGACCUCUUCUUCCUUUCCUACCUGACCCCCCCCUUCAAAUUCAGUUUCUGCAUACGAAGGCGUGCAUCAAAACUCUUUUAACUUUUUUUCUUGAUAGGGCCCACAUGCAGUGGUUGACGGGAACAGUAUAUGCUCUGUGGCUACCCUAGGCUUGCUCAGCUUUGCUGAGUGAUGCUCUGAGAUCCGAGCGGAAGGUGGUUUGGGAGCACUUGAGGGAGAGGGAGACCAGGGUGUUUGUUUUUUUUCUGCCGAACUCCUGGAAAAAUCAUUAGAGGGAGAUCCAUGCAGCCUCGAGGGUUUUUCCAAAGUCCAGAACGGCUGGAUGUUCGUCUGGGCAGCUCCGCUUUAGAAAUUGGAGGGAUUCGCAAGGAGAUGUCCAAAUGCUUUGCAAUCGCUCGGCAGGGGAUUUGGGGUCCUGGCUGCCCAACGAUGACAACAGAAAGGUUUUAUUUGCCAAAUUGCCUUCGCACUGGGGCAUUUGAUGGACUUUGGAAAAGCUUUCAAAACUUGAUUGGCCUAGAGACCUGCCCUGUGUUAAGGACUAACUGCACAAUCCUAACCAUGCCUACUCAGAAAGUAAAUCCUAUUGAAUACAAUGGGUUUUAUCCAACGGUAGCCCACCUCGGAGUAAACCAUCUGAAACUGGAGGGCGUCACUUACUGAAGUCCGUUAAUUUCAGUGGGUCUACACUGAGUAGGACUUGGUGGGAUUCAACCCAAUGGGGCUUACUCUCAGGGAAGGGAUUAGGAUGGCAGCCUAACAAAGAAUAAAAAUACGUAACUCCAGGGGUCACCAAUGCAGUGCCCGUGGGCACCUGCGUGCCCAUCAGUACCUUUCAUGGCACCCUCAAAAGGUCUUCGUAAAUAAUCCCCUCAAAACUCCACAGUGUACGAGAGCAUCCUUGCUCUUCCGGCUCAGUUCCUGUUUGCGUGGGCUCAGUUUCUCCUACGCGAACGCAUGCAUGCAGCAGCCAUUUUGUGGCUGAUGCCCAUGGCACUUUCUUGGCAUUCCAUGAUGUGCCCGCUGGCUCUGAGAGGCUGGCAACCCCUCCAUUAGUCUGUUAGGACACUGUUGUUCAACCUUGGCUCCUCAGAUAUUGUUACUGCAACUCCUUGGCCAUUGGCUAAGCUGCUGGGGUUGAUGGGAGUUGUAGUCCCACAGUACCUGGAGACCCACAGCUGAACAACAGUGCAUUAGGAAAUCUGGUCUGUCGGGUGUGAUGUUAAAUUUGCUCAAGAUGAUUAUUUCCUAGGGUGGUAGUCAAUGCUAGUCUUCACUCAGAGUAGGCCCGUCGAAGUUGAUGGACACGACUCACUUUGGUUUGUUGAUUUCAGUCGGUCUACUCUUGAGUCUGGCUCAGCUGAAUACAACCCACUGGAAUCAGGUGUGUCAUUUAAUUUCAGUGGGUCAACUCUGAGUAGGACUGACUUGAAGACAACCCCUAACCACCAACUAGGAGAGGAGGCCCUUCGCCUGACAGAUAAGCAUGUUUUGGUUUGGAUUGGUCCAGCUGGUUCAGAGCGUGCGGCCCUUUUGUUUAAUAUAGGGAAGUGUUUCUCUGAAGUGUUUCUGACUGGCUGAGAUGCGUCCUUGACCUCUGAUCAUGCUCCUUUUUUGCCUAGACGGAGGAUAAAAGAGGAGGAUGCACGAGUUGCGUCUAGAAACCAGCCUACUGUACCAAGGGGAAAUUUGCAUUGCUCUACCCACUUGUUGCCAACGGUGGGCAGGAUCAGAGACACGUGGCCCCCAGAAGGUUGUCCGGAAGGGAAUUCGGCCCUCGGGCUGGAAAAGUUACCCCGGCUCUGGCUUAAUCCCCUAUUUCCCUCUUCUUUUUGCUCAAGGUGGGCUGAUCUAAUCCCUGUUGGGCCCUUGGGGGGGGGGUCCGCCCCUGCAUAAUUUUCUUUUACUGGAUGCGAACGAAUUAACUCUGCGGGGGGACGCACUGUCACCCACUCCGUUUUGCCCAGCGGCAUUUCGGUUUGUGUGCGUGGGGACAGUGUUUUCGAGCCCUUGUGCUCUGGUUGGUUCGUGUGCUCUAAGCUCUGCCUCGGGAGUGGGGCUGAGCUUCCACAAACGAGCACCUGGAGAAUUGCGUCUGUCGUAGAGUUUGCUCACUCCUCUACCGACCGUGCAUUAUCCGUCAAGGCUAUUGUAUUGUAAAACCUCUCCGGUUUGAAUAUAAGCCAUGCUGUGGCUUCCCAUCUCUUCUCCUUCACCCCCCCUUCCCACGUGGUAAUCCGUGUGUGUCUCUGUCACACAUACACACACACACCCCCAUUCCUAGCCUUGCGCCACCACUCCCUGCCUGCCAACGCUGUUUUAGAUUAUGAGCACCUUUUGCAUGUGUCUUGUUUUGAAGGUAGCACAGAAUUAAAAAAAAAAGUUUUUUAUAUAUAUAUCUAUAUAUCGAUAAAUAUAUAAAUAUAUUCAUCCCGCGUCCCCGCCCCUGAGCGACGUUUGAUGUGGUGUCGCUUUUCGCACGCUCCUCCCUGUCUGUGCCAUCCCCCACUUCGCACACACGCAUAAGUACACUCCUUGUAAAUCUGGCAUCUUUCCAACACCCUUUUCAGUAUGACUUGUCUGAAAAUUUGGGUGGUGGGAACGGAGAAGGGAUUUUUGGGGGGUCUGGGAGGCGAGAGAAGAGACAUGAAACAUUAUCAACCCCCUUUUUAUGUUUCGUUUUAAAGGAUACUGCAACUUUGUCUUAUCUUUCUGUAUGCUAGCUUGACUCUUUCCCCCCUCCCAUUUAACAAAAUAAAUUUUAAGACAAAAAAAGAAAUUUUCGUGUUUGUAUAUAUUCCUUUAGAGAAAGAAAGAAAAAGAGAUCUUACUUUCUUUGUGUGUUUAUUAAUCACUUGACCUAUAUAUUACAAGGAAAUGAAAGAAAUUAAUUCUGUAUCAAGGAUGUCUUAGCUGUGCCUUUUUCAAAUAAAGAAAUCAGAUGGUUGGUUAAA